GUCUUCUCCAUGCGGCUCGGGCUAUGACAGCCUCCGUGCUCCUCCACCCCCGCUGGAUCGAGCCCACCGUCAUGUUUCUCUACGACAACGGCGGCGGCCUGGUGGCCGACGAGCUCAACAAGAACAUGGAAGGGGCGGCGGCUGCAGCAGCAGCCGCGGCAGCCGCUGCAGCGGCCGGGGCCGGGGGCGGGGGCUUCCCCCACCCGGCAGCCGCGGCAGCAGGGGGCAACUUCUCGAUGGCGGCGGCGGCCGCGGCGGCGGCUGCGGCCGCGGCCAACCAAUGCCGCAACCUGAUGGCGCACCCGGCGCCCUUGGCGCCAGGAGCCGCGUCCGCCUACAGCAGCGCGCCCGGGGAGGCGCCCCCGUCGGCUGCCGCCGCUGCUGCCGCCGCCGCCGCCGCUGCCGCCGCCGCCGCGUCGUCCUCGGGAGGGCCUGGCCCGGCGGGCCCGGCAGGCGCAGAGGCCGCUAAGCAAUGCAGCCCCUGCUCAGCAGCGGCGCAGAGCUCGUCGGGGCCCGCGGCGCUGCCCUAUGGCUAUUUCGGCAGCGGCUACUACCCGUGCGCCCGCAUGGGCCCGCACCCCAACGCUAUCAAGUCGUGCGCACAGCCCGCCUCGGCCGCCGCCGCCGCCUUCGCGGACAAGUACAUGGAUACCGCCGGCCCAGCGGCCGAGGAGUUCAGCUCCCGCGCUAAGGAGUUCGCCUUCUACCACCAGGGCUACGCAGCCGGGCCUUACCACCAUCAUCAGCCCAUGCCUGGCUACCUGGAUAUGCCGGUGGUGCCUGGUCUCGGGGGCCCCGGCGAGUCGCGCCACGAGCCCCUGGGUCUUCCCAUGGAAAGCUACCAGCCCUGGGCGCUGCCCAACGGCUGGAACGGCCAAAUGUACUGCCCCAAAGAGCAGGCGCAGCCUCCCCACCUCUGGAAGUCCACUCUGCCCGACGUGGUCUCCCAUCCCUCGGAUGCCAGCUCCUAUAGGAGAGGGAGAAAGAAGCGCGUGCCUUACACCAAGGUGCAGUUAAAAGAACUUGAACGGGAAUACGCCACGAACAAAUUCAUUACUAAGGACAAACGGAGGCGGAUAUCAGCCACGACGAACCUCUCUGAGCGGCAGGUCACAAUUUGGUUCCAGAACAGGAGGGUUAAAGAGAAAAAAGUCAUCAACAAACUGAAAAGCACUAGUUAAUGGAUUAAAUAUGGAGCAAGAAGGCAACUUGAAGAAACGCUUCAGAACUCGUUGCUUUGCCCAGAUAAUGAUAAUAAUGUUUAAUAAUAAUUGAAGAAUGGGAAAGAGAAAGAGACAGACACUGGCAUUUUGCUCUCCUGAAGGAGAUCUCUUUCUCUUUAAUGGAAUCUACAACUGUUUUAAACGUUAAGAAAGGUAAAGCCUGCCGGUUCUUCCGCCAACCCCACCAGCCCAGCCUGUUAAAUGUCAAACGUCAAACCCCAAAAUACGCAAUUUCAGAUAAGUUACGCAGUGACCGAAAUCUUGUAAGUAUUUAUAUGAUCGUUAUAUUUUAGGGCACUGCGUUAGAUGGUAAUAAUCUGGAAGCUGGUUACAAAAUCAAGAGGCCAUUGUAAACAUCUGCUUGUCCGUCUUAGGUCGCAAUUCUCUUUGCAUGUUAAGUGUCUGCUCAGGUAAAUCUUAGUGAAGUUCCUACCGUUGUUGUAUGUUCUGCAAAACAUUUUAUGUAUAGAUUUAGAGGGAAAAGGAGAAGGUACUGAAAUAAUCAUUUUUGGACUAUUUGCCAUGAAGGGAGAAAGGGAGAGAAAGCUCUUCUGAGGAUCAUUUGUCUUGGUAGCAUAGUAAAACCAACGAGCUGAACCUUUCAGACUACGAACCUGGGUUGCUAAUAUCAUUUUAAGAAUAAUUUUUCAUUGCUUAUAACAAGUAUAUUUUCUGGCAUUUGGAUUAUAUUUACUGCCCCAAUAUCGGUUAUUUUCCAAAGGAUUUGGUAUCUUUUUAAAAAUAUUUAAAUCAUCAGAUGAUCUGCAGAAUUCACUUUAUGUGAAAUCUUCAGGGAGUUUCCGUCCCAACAUGAUGAACUUUGGUUUGAACACAAUUCCUUUUUUCAUUUAAAUUGGCAUUUCUCAAUAUUUGCUAAACAUUAGCGGGAGAAGUCAUUUUCCUUUUUAAGAAAACUCAGAAUGAAAAUUAAUUUCCCUGAAACAUUUAGGUGUCUACAUUCUAUAUUUUGAACUAUUAAGAGUAGUAUUUUUCCUUGUUUAUUGAGUUAUCAAACUGCAUUAGAAAGAUUAGUAAUUCAUCUUCACAGCACAUUUUUAAUCAGGUAUUUCAACCAGCACAUUCUUUUUGUUCAUAUUCACUAUAGAAUGAUAUCUUGUAAAUAAAGACAUUCAGCACACUGUGAAAAUGUAUUUCUGCACCUGCUUUUUAAAUGUUUCUACUAAAAAAAAAAAAAAAGUAGACCUGUAGAUAGUGAUAUAGUGGUAUUACUUCUGUUAAUAAAAUAGUCACUGCCAAUAAAAUCUGAAGAAAAUACUCUUUACUUUUCUAUGCUAAAUGUGCACUGCACAGAAAGAAAAGGAGCAGGUUUGUCUUACAUAAACCAAGGACCAUUAUUAUUAUUCAGUGCAUUUUUUGCUACUAAAUUUUUAAGAAGAGGGAGAAACCCCUCAUAACUAAAAUCCUUAAAAAUGAUAAGUGCUUCAAGGAGAUUAAAGUGUCAGGUAUUCUGAAAGGGAGAAAAAAGAAAGGAGGAAGAGAUAGUAUGAAUUCCCAGACUCCCUGUGGAAAAUGAAAACCAGUUGUUUUGUAUCAGCAAUGCCUAGGCUGUCAUAUUUUAAAAUCUGCUGUUGGGUCCGCAUGUGUCUGAGAGGGCAGGUUUUGAUAUUUGUUGAAAUGACAGGACUACGAAAGGCCUUAAACCUUGACCUUGACGAAAAAAGACAAUUUGUGACCUUGACUUUUGACAGCUCAUGAAUUGGCCUCAGCUGGAUUAGUAGAUCAAGGGCGCCACCUCGCGUUGACAAGCCUCCUUGUAAUUCUUCAACCAAGGGAAUCAAGAGCUCUUACCUCCUUGACUUUAGAGAUUCAGUACUCAAUUAUUUGACUCCAGAUGGAGCAAAUUUGAAUAUAUGUAAAUUAUACAUGUCCCUGUAUAUAUGUAAAUAUAUAAUAUAUGUGUACACAUGUAUACAUUUGCAUAUUAGUGCUUGUGUGUGCUUGUAUAUAUAUUUGUAGAAUCUGUACAGAUAUCAUAUCAUUAAUUGCUGAUGACCCAACAUAUUGUAAUUUAAGGUGAUUUCUAGAGUUGAGGUACAAAACGUACUUUACAAGAUGAAGCCUUGCUCCUUUUCUCUAAUGGCCAAGUUUGAUUUAUCUUCAUAGUGGCUUGCUCUGCAUCAGAUUUCUGCAGAUCUGCUUUAAAGCUGUACAUUUUUGUUACAGUCUAAGAGGUAUUCUUAAAUCACCAUUCUUUCCUGGUCCUCACCCUCCAAGGUGGUCUCCAACUCUAAUUAGAGCUACUGGGGAGUCUUUAGAGCAAAUUAAGAUUCAGAUGCCUUGCUAACUCUAGAAGUCUAGAGUUACAUUUCAGAAAUUCAAAGAAACCCACCUCUUGAGAGGUCAGUAAAGAGGACUUAAUAUCUCAUAUCUACAAAAUGACCACAGGAUUGGAUACAGAACAUGAGUUAUCCUGGAUAACUCAGAGCUGAGUACUGCUCCAGGGUGGUGUGCAAUCUUGUAUUGAUGCUUGUGAAUCUGCCAUUUGAUUUGUGGGAGAAAUAAAUAUGUUUAAUAUUAGCAACUUACCAAAACUAUAAUAACAAAAUUAUUAUAUCUACUGUUGACCUCUAACAACAAUCAGGUGCUGUUUUCAGAGUCAUAAAGAAUACAUAUGUAUGUUUAUAUAUUUAAUACACACGUAGGAUAAUGUGUUUCUGUCAAAUCCAUGCUAUGUGCAUAUGUAUUAAAACAUUGGUGGAGUCAGUA